AUGCCACAGCGCCUUGCACCGGAGUGCGGGCGACGGACACGGCGAGGAGAGGCGAGCGACGGACAUUGCACACAUCGCACACGCACACACACACACACACAGAAUGUGAUGAUUACCGUUCGGCGGACAGAGAGGCACAUCCCACAAUAG